AUGUCCCAAGCCACUCCCACCGUCCCCUACCGCCAAAUCAGGGCCCUCUACGACGACAGCACCAUCACCGUCUACCAGGCCUACUCCCCGUCCAUCGCCGACGCUGCCGUCGCCGCCCAGCGCCUGGACGCCUCCCCCGACUUCCGCCCCGGCCGCAUGACCUGGAUCAAGCCCAGCUGGGCCUGGAUCAUGUACCGCGCCGGCUACUCGUACAAGGACGCCCGCCAGGCCCGUAUCCUCGCCCUGCGCAUGACGCACGCCCACUUUCUCGGCCUGCUCAACCGCGGCGUCCUCUCUCACGGUGGCAACCUUGCCCCGGACCGGCUUGACAAGAACGCCGAGGUCCGCAUCCAGUGGGACCCGGAGCGCACGCCCGCUCUCCAUCGCCUGCCAUACCGCAGCAUCCAGAUUGGUAUCCCGGGCAGCCUGAGCGCGCAGUGGGUGGCAGAUUGGAUCAUUUCCAUCGAGGACGUAACUGAUACGGCGAGGGAGCUCAAGAGGACGCUCGACGAGAACCCAGACGUGGAGCUGCAGGAGCUGGUCAAUCGUGGCCUCGUCCCGGUGGAGAAGUUCUUUCCCGUCCCGGAGAGCAUCAUGGCCAAGCUGGACAUGACGCUGCCAGAGCAGGCAUCUUAG